CUCCCGGUGCUGCGUCCGCGCCAGCGCCUGCAGCUCCAGAUGCGCCUCAUCUCGUCCGCCUUCGAUGCGCCCGCGCGCGAGCUGAGCGUGUCGGGGCAGCCGAGUCGCGUGGUUUUCGGUGCUAAAGUUGCUGCAACGCAGCUGGGGGCAUUAAGUCGCGCCAGCGGAAUGCGCAAGGUGCUGCUGGUGCGCGAUCGCGACGCCGCCGCCGCCGCGCGCACGCAGUACGCCGAGUUCCUGCUCAUGCAGGCGGGCGUGCCGUGCUUCCAGUACACGCUGGAGCGGGACUGCGCGACGCUGGACGGAGUGGACCACGCGGCCGCCACGGCUCAGCGCGUGGGCGCGGACGGAGUCGUGGCCUUCGGCGGCGGCAAUGCAAUGGACACGGCGCGCGCGGUGGCUGUGGUGCUGGCCAACGGGGGCAGCGCAGCGGACUUUGUAGCCACCGUGGAGGACGAUAACGACGAGGUCGACCACGAGCUUAAGUUGCAGCAAGACGAGCGGGCCUUACCCACCAUCCCGCUGUUGCUGGUCCCCACCAUCGCCGGUAGCGGCGCCGAAGUGGCCAGGAGCACGCUGCUGCUCGACGAGGACGCCGAGACCAAGGUGCUGUUCGCGGCUGGCCGCGACAUCGUGCCCGAGGGCGCGCUGACGACGCUGGGUCAGUGUCUCGAGUCGUACUUGUUGGGUUGCGCUGAUGACGCGACGAACGCCUUGGUGCUGGAAGGACUGGAGGCGGUGGCUGGUGCUCUUGCUGCGCCGCUGAAGGAGGGCAAGCUGGACCUCAAGGGCGCCGCACUGCGUGAGCAGUUCGCACAGGCCAGUCUGCUCUCGGGCAUUGCGGCCAACUCGUCGGGCACGGGCGCGGCGCAGGCGCUGGCGGUGUCCAUGGGCGGCAUCUCCGACCUGCCGCACUCGCAGGUGGCCACGGCCUUCCUGCCUUUCGUGUUCGACCGGUAUGCGGAGCUGGCGAGCGAGAACGAGGGCGACCCGUUCUUCGACGAGCUGCGCGAGAAGCUGGAGAACGCGGCGGACCGACUCACGGCAGCCAGCGGCUUCCAGGGCGCGAAUGUGGCGGCGUGGCUGCGGUACGUUAUCACGCGCUUCGACCUGCCGACUGCGUCUACGCUCGAGCUGGACGAGAGCUUGCUCAAUGGCCUCGCGGACCGCGCGGACCAGUACCAGGACGAUUCCAUGCAAGUGGCUCGUAGUGACGACAACGGCGCGAUCAUGGAGAAGGACGACCUGCGCGCGAUCAUCGACAGCGCUGUUCUGGUGGUGGAGCCUUCGAAGGAGGACGACGACAAGUGAACUCAUUCCUAGACGCAAUAACGAAUGGGAGACCAAGAUUCUCUUUACCACU